UUAACCUCUCGCUUGUUUCGAAUUGCUGCCACCUCACAGCAUUUAUCUCUCCUGGCAUUUUUUUUUGCCUCGCACAUUCGUUCGCUCGUUAUCUGAGAAAAAGGGAAAAUGUCGUUUAAGCUCGCGCUUCUUGCUGUUCUUGUCACAGGUGCGUUCGCACAGACCUCUCUCUAUAUCCCCGGGGUAGACCCCCAGUCACUUUCGGCUGAGGUCCUCGGUGUCGGCUCGGACGGCGAGACGACAUACUUGAUUCAGCCCGCCGCGCAGGCCACCACUGACCCGGACGACGUUGGACUAGGCCCUGCCACCCUGGUUGCGGGCCCUACGGCGGCCAAACUGACCUAUAACGACCCCUCGGGCCAACUGAGCCUUGACGAGGACUGCGCCAUCUCGGACGGCAUCGCCAACUGCAACGUCGUCGCGGUCAUUGCCGGCGUCACCUCAUCGAGUGCGGUCACCGAGACCGUCAGCGCAUUCGAACUCCAGGGUGGUAACACCGUCGCGGCCGCCUCGGCGACGCCUGCGAGUGGUGCCUCUAGUGACGCGUCUUCCACUCCCACGUCUGCCCCUGCUUCUGCUCCUUCUGGCGAGUCCUCUGCCGGCAAGACCGCAGCGUCACAGACUGGCAGCGGCACGUCCGGCACCAAUGCACCCGCCCCCACGCAGAGCGACAACGGCGUUACGAGACUCCAGGCUGGCGCCGCGGGCCUGUUUGCUGCAGCCGUUGUCUUUUCUGUGCUCUUGUAAAAUCCGUGUAUCGUCGUAUUCACCUAUGGGAUUUUGUGUGUCCACGUUGUCG